AGGAAAGAACAAGGUAAGGAGAGAAUAAGGCAAGGUUUGAACAAGGAAAAGAACAAGAAAAGGAAAGAAUAAGCGAGGGAGAGAAGAAGGCAGGGUUUGAACAUACCUGUUAGGAGCCUAUAAUCUAAAUAUGGAAUAUAUUAACAAAGUGAAUGAACUGCAUUCUCGGAGAUUCCAAGAUUUAGAAGAGCAAAGAAGACCCCAUAAGAGAAUCAAAAAAAAGAAGACCCUAUACGAAGAAGAUACAGAGAGAAAGAAAGAGGAUUCAGGGAAUCAUAGGGUAGGUUUCUUUGGGUUUCUUUGAGUUUCUCUCUCUUCACUGCAAAGACAGAAAUGGGUGAAUCGCCAACUUGUCUUGUUCGAUCCUUCUCUCAACCUGCUGGCACUACUUCCACUGAACCCGAAGAGGGAGAUCCUUAUUGUGCCCUGACAACAUCAAUCUCGUUUCGGAGGUUCAUGCUGGAAUCAUUGGCGUGUGAAAAAUGGUCGUGUUUCUCUAACAAUCAGUACUUGGAAGAAGCUAAGAAAUCUUCUAAGCCAGGUUUAGUUGCCCAGAGGAAAGCUUAUUUCGAAGCCCUUCACAACAGAAAUGGUGCUAAGAAACCUGUAGCAUUGCUUGAGGAGCAAAAUGCAGCGUGUAAUGAACCAAAUGUUAUGGAAGAGACAUCCAGAGACAGCUCAAAUCCUCCACGAAUUCCAACUAGGGCAUCAGCAAAUGGGUUAUCAGUGCAUUCUUCAACAGCUCCUCAAGAAGAAAGAAGAAGAAGUAAACCAGUGGAUGAUUGCUCAGUUUCUAGAAGGAGGAUAGCAGAUGGGAAAUCACAUGGGAUAGACCAUUUGAAGACCUCAGGUGUAUCUGGACCCAAAGCACGACGUCCCACAGUACCCUCCCCUUUUAGCUUGAGGUGUGAAGAUAGAGCGGCAAAACGUAAAGAGUUCUUUCAAAAGCUAGAAGAGAAGACAAAUGCCAAGAUCUUAGUUUCUGGAAGGAGGAUAGCAGAUGGGAAAUCACAUGGGAUAGACCAUUUGAAGACUUCAGGUGUAUCUGGACCCAAAGCACAACCUCCGACAGUACCCUCCUCUUUUAGCUUGAGGUGUGAAGAAAGAGCGGCAAAACGUAAAGAGUUCUUUCAGAAGCUAGAAGAGAAGACAAAUGCCAAGGAGGCAAAUAAAGUGUAUCUCCAAGCAAAAAAUAAGAUCUCACUAACACAGCCUAUGCAGGUUAAGAUGAAGUUAGUUAAGCUGGGACAUGCUCAGAGCGAAGAAACAAGGAUGAAAAUUGGCAAUGGAGUGCGAAUGGGGUGGGAAAGGCGCCGUGAAAAACUGAAGCUGCAGGAAACUUGCUACUUUGAGUGGCAGAAUUUGAUAGCAGAAGCUUCUAGAAAGGGAUUUGUUGGUGAGGAAGAGAAGCAGUGGGACUCCUAUGAGAUCUUGGAUGAACAGCUCGAGCAAGAAUGGUUGGAGAGUGUUGAACAAAGUAGAAAAAUGGCAAGACCGAAAGGUAGCAAGAGAGCACCCAAUUCUCUUGAGCAAAGGAGGAAAAUUUCAGAGGCCAUUUCUGCCAAAUGGGCUGAAACUUGCUACUUUGAGUGGCAGAAUUUGAUAGCAGAAGCUUCUAGAAAGGGAUUUGUUGGUGAGGAAGAGAAGCAGUGGGACUCCUAUGAGAUCUUGGAUGAACAGCUCGAGCAAGAAUGGUUGGAGAGUGUUGAACAAAGUAGAAAAAUGGCAAGACCGAAAGGUAGCAAGAGAGCACCCAAUUCUCUUGAGCAAAGGAGGAAAAUUUCAGAGGCCAUUUCUGCCAAAUGGGCUGAAACUUGCUACUUUGAGUGGCAGAAUUUGAUAGCAGAAGCUUCUAGAAAGGGAUUUGUUGGUGAGGAAGAGAAGCAGUGGGACUCCUAUGAGAUCUUGGAUGAACAGCUCGAGCAAGAAUGGUUGGAGAGUGUUGAACAAAGUAGAAAAAUGGCAAGACCGAAAGGUAGCAAGAGAGCACCCAAUUCUCUUGAGCAAAGGAGGAAAAUUUCAGAGGCCAUUUCUGCCAAAUGGGCUGAAACUUGCUACUUUGAGUGGCAGAAUUUGAUAGCAGAAGCUUCUAGAAAGGGAUUUGUUGGUGAGGAAGAGAAGCAGUGGGACUCCUAUGAGAUCUUGGAUGAACAGCUCGAGCAAGAAUGGUUGGAGAGUGUUGAACAAAGUAGAAAAAUGGCAAGACCGAAAGGUAGCAAGAGAGCACCCAAUUCUCUUGAGCAAAGGAGGAAAAUUUCAGAGGCCAUUUCUGCCAAAUGGGCUGAAACUUGCUACUUUGAGUGGCAGAAUUUGAUAGCAGAAGCUUCUAGAAAGGGAUUUGUUGGUGAGGAAGAGAAGCAGUGGGACUCCUAUGAGAUCUUGGAUGAACAGCUCGAGCAAGAAUGGUUGGAGAGUGUUGAACAAAGUAGAAAAAUGGCAAGACCGAAAGGUAGCAAGAGAGCACCCAAUUCUCUUGAGCAAAGGAGGAAAAUUUCAGAGGCCAUUUCUGCCAAAUGGGCUGAAACUUGCUACUUUGAGUGGCAGAAUUUGAUAGCAGAAGCUUCUAGAAAGGGAUUUGUUGGUGAGGAAGAGAAGCAGUGGGACUCCUAUGAGAUCUUGGAUGAACAGCUCGAGCAAGAAUGGUUGGAGAGUGUUGAACAAAGUAGAAAAAUGGCAAGACCGAAAGGUAGCAAGAGAGCACCCAAUUCUCUUGAGCAAAGGAGGAAAAUUUCAGAGGCCAUUUCUGCCAAAUGGGCUGAAACUUGCUACUUUGAGUGGCAGAAUUUGAUAGCAGAAGCUUCUAGAAAGGGAUUUGUUGGUGAGGAAGAGAAGCAGUGGGACUCCUAUGAGAUCUUGGAUGAACAGCUCGAGCAAGAAUGGUUGGAGAGUGUUGAACAAAGUAGAAAAAUGGCAAGACCGAAAGGUAGCAAGAGAGCACCCAAUUCUCUUGAGCAAAGGAGGAAAAUUUCAGAGGCCAUUUCUGCCAAAUGGGCUGAAACUUGCUACUUUGAGUGGCAGAAUUUGAUAGCAGAAGCUUCUAGAAAGGGAUUUGUUGGUGAGGAAGAGAAGCAGUGGGACUCCUAUGAGAUCUUGGAUGAACAGCUCGAGCAAGAAUGGUUGGAGAGUGUUGAACAAAGUAGAAAAAUGGCAAGACCGAAAGGUAGCAAGAGAGCACCCAAUUCUCUUGAGCAAAGGAGGAAAAUUUCAGAGGCCAUUUCUGCCAAAUGGGCUGAAACUUGCUACUUUGAGUGGCAGAAUUUGAUAGCAGAAGCUUCUAGAAAGGGAUUUGUUGGUGAGGAAGAGAAGCAGUGGGACUCCUAUGAGAUCUUGGAUGAACAGCUCGAGCAAGAAUGGUUGGAGAGUGUUGAACAAAGUAGAAAAAUGGCAAGACCGAAAGGUAGCAAGAGAGCACCCAAUUCUCUUGAGCAAAGGAGGAAAAUUUCAGAGGCCAUUUCUGCCAAAUGGGCUGAAACUUGCUACUUUGAGUGGCAGAAUUUGAUAGCAGAAGCUUCUAGAAAGGGAUUUGUUGGUGAGGAAGAGAAGCAGUGGGACUCCUAUGAGAUCUUGGAUGAACAGCUCGAGCAAGAAUGGUUGGAGAGUGUUGAACAAAGUAGAAAAAUGGCAAGACCGAAAGGUAGCAAGAGAGCACCCAAUUCUCUUGAGCAAAGGAGGAAAAUUUCAGAGGCCCCUGUACAUCUGUUAUUGAAAGCUGAAGCUGAAAAGGCUACAAAGGCUCUUGAGGCAGCUGCAACAAAGAGCCCUCUCGCUCAAGCUUCCCUCAUUGAAACUAGGAAUCUCAUAGCCAAAGCAAUUCAAUCCAUAGAAAUUGGACAGAUUGAUUCUCAUGGGAAUGGUAGACACCCUUCAAUCGCCUUAGCAGAACUGGUCAACCAGGCUGAGAGAAAAUAA